CAUCAGAUUAAAAACAGCGCAGUUAAAAAAAAAAAUUAGCAGUGAUAAUUCUCCCGCUCUCGUCAUUCAAAAUUCUCUUUGAAAGCUCAAAUUGCCAUUCUUUUAUAUAUAAAAUCAAAAUUCAAUUUUCAUCGCCAUUUUCUCUCUUCGACAUAACAAAACCCUAGCUCUCUAGAUCUCAUCUCCAUGCCUCCAGGCGCGAGAAAGAGGAAAGCGGCGAAGCGAAAGAAUCAGAGGAUGGCGGCCGUCGACAAUCAGCACCGUCAGCAGCAAGAUUCUUCUACGAGCCCUGACCCUAACCCUAGUUCUCACGGGAAUGAGAUCGAGACGACGCCGGUUGUAAUCGAGGACGACGGCGAUGAACCUUUUGAGACGCCGAGGUUUCAGCCGGAGACGCCGAGGAUUCCGCCGGAGACGCCGUAUUAUUCGUUGGAGAGAUUGAGAAUUGGAAGAAGAGAUGAUCUCGAGGGCUUGAGGUUUCUAGCGGAGACACCAUAUUAUUCGACAACGGAUAGUGAGGAAAUUGCGAGGAGGGAUGAGAUUGAGGGAUCGAGUGAAGAGCGUGUUCUUGUUGGGGAGAAUUCUAAGGGUUUUGAUGUGGAGAUUACUUCCAAGGAUGAGAUUGAUAGCUUGGGAGAUAGAAAAUUUGAGGAAUUAGAGAGUUCUGAUACUUCGGAGGGUUUGAAAGAGACGAAAGAUGAGGUGACAUUGGAGAAACCGGAGACUGAGAAUGAUGUUCAAUUGAUUGAGAAAUAUGUUGAUGUUGAUGAAGAGAGGACUCCCAAUGCUUCUAGUGGAGCAGUUGAUGUUUCCUCAAUCAACGAAAAGGAUGUGAAAGUAGUGCCGUGGCCAUAUGAGGAGAUAGAUUCCAUUAAUGGAGAAGCAAAGGCUGGCAUCGAGAAUGGUGACAGAGAUAUAGAAACAAAGUUUGACAAGGAUGAGGGUUUAAAAAAGAAAAAAAUGGAUAGUUUGAUUGAGAAGAAAGAACAUGAGUUUCCUGCUACUGGGAAUUCCAAGGAUGUUCUUGAAUUAGUUCAAGAAAUUCUGCCUCAGACUGAUGCGGAUUUCACAAGUGAUAAGUUGGGGAAAUCUGCUGAGAAGAGCUUUUUACCCAUUAAAAGUUCUGGUCUUAUUGCUGAAGAGUCUACGGAUAAAGCUGAAAUUAUUGAGAAAUCUGUUGCUGUUAAUGAAGAGAGUACUCCCAUGACUAUGAUCGAGGCAAUUAAUGUUUCUUCAUCCAAUGAAAAGGUAGCGAAAGUAGUACCAUGGCCAGAUGAGGAUAUAACUGCUGUUAAUGGAGAAGUGAACAGUGAUACUGAAGUUGUUACUUUUGAGAAGGAAGGCGAGGUUGAUGGAGACAGAGAUCUACAGAUGGACGUCCAGAAAAAUAAGGGUCUAAAUGAGAAUAAAUUGGAGAAUUUAGUCGAAGAGAAUGAACAAACUUUUCUUCAUAUUGAGAAUUCUAAGGACUUCACUGGAUCAGUUGAAGAAAUUCUUACUGAGAUUGAUGAGGAUUGUGCUACUAAUAAGCUGGACAGGUCUGCGGGGAAGAACAUCUUACCUGUUAAAUGUUCUGUUCUUAUUACUGAAGAGACUGUGGAUGAAGCUCAAUUGGUCGAGAGCUCUGUUUCUGUAGAUGAAGAGAGGACUCCCAAUUAUUCAAUUGUGGCAGUUGAUGUUUCUUCAUCAGGAGAAAAGGAAGUGAAAGUAGUGCCAUGGUCAAAUGAGGAGAGAGAUUCCAUUAAUGAAGAAGUGAAUGAUGAUUUUGAGGUUGUUACGUCUGACAAGAAAGGUGAGGGUGGUGGAGACAGAGAUAUACAAAGACAGUUCCAGAAAAGCGGGAGCGUAGAAGAGACAAAAUUGGAGAAGUUGGUUAAGGAGAAUGCACAAUUAAAUGCUUUUACUAAGAGAUCUAAGGAUGUUCCUGAAUCAAUUCAGGAAGUUCUACCUCGGAUUGAUGAGGAUUUGAGUAAUAAGUUGGAGAAAUCUGCUGAGAAAAGCUUCUUACCCGUUAAAAGUUCUGCUCUCAUCACUGAAAAAACUGCAGAUGAAGCUCAAUCGAUCGAGAAACCUCUUUCUGUUGAUGAAAAGGGGACUCCUAAUUCUUCAAUUGGGACAGUGGAUGUUUCUUCAUCCAAUGAAAAGGAAGUGAAAGUAGUGUUGCCAGAUGAGGGGGUAGAUUCGGUUAAUGCAGAAGUGAAUGGUAAUAUUGAGAUUCAUAAUUCUGAGAAGGGAGGUGAAGAUGGGGAUAGAGAUCUACAAACAGAGCUCCAGAAAAGUAAGGGUUUGAAAGAGUCAGAAUUGGAUAAUCCGGUUAAGGAGAAUGAAUACUUUUUUCCUGGUGCUGGGAGUUCUAAGGAUGUCGAUGGAUCAGCUCAAGAAAUUCUGCCUCGGAUUGAUGCUGCUUUGAUUAGCAAUAAGUUAGAUAAUUUUUUUGAGAGGAGCUCCUUACCUAUUAAAAAUUCUCUUCUUAUUACUGAAGAGGUAACUCAAGGCAAUAGAGCACAACAUAUGAAUCCAGAAAGCGAAGUUGGCACUAUCAAUUUUUCACCAGUAAAGGAGGCUGCAGAUCCCUCUCCUGAUGCUACACAAAUUGAGAUUGCGGAGAGAAAUGAGAUUGCAUGCAAUCGACCAGUAGUGCGCCGUGCACCAUUUUGGAAUUGUUGCGGUUUAUUUGAAGUUCUUACAAGCGUCAAUAAAUAAGCAGAGUUCAUUUCACAGGUUUUGGUACUUCAUCCAGUUUUGACAUCCAAAUGACAACAUGUGAAUCUAUGUUGAAAGAAGCAGAGCAUCUUAAGAAGGCCAAUAGCAGCUCAAUCCUUUGAGCUGGUGAGAAGCAGAAUUUUUUUUCCCAAUAAUGAUGACAUCAUUAGUCCAUGAUACAGCUUUCUUGCGACUCUCUGUCAUCUGCUUAUCGAAUUUCUUCAUUACUGUAUAUCCGUUAGUAAUUAGUUUCGUUGUUAAAACCCUAGACAUGUGUUCAUGUGAGCGUACAUCAUUUGAUAAUUUUGACUGGACAUUCAGGUUAUCGAUGUGGCUUAAUGUGUAGAUAUCCAAAAAUCAAAGGCGUUCAUCGCACGUUUUGUAUGAAGUCUGUGUGACUUUUUGAUUCA